GAAUGUUGCUUCUGCGUCGGAACGGAGAAGAAUGCGGAGAUACAUACUCUUUGGUCUGGUUGGAGUAAUUUGGUGUCGGAGCAAGAUUCUCUGCCGACGACUCUGAUGACAACAAGUGCAGCUGUUCUGGUUUGACAGAUCGAAGAGAGCGUAGCAGCGCGUAGUAGAUCUCUGCAUCUCUGCGUCUGCCGCACUGGCUCUGUCAACGAAACGUUGCGAAGGCGUAUAAUAAUAUGCCGAAGCCACGUUUUGCAAAGUCCAUUUCUUGUGAAGUAAAAGGUCAUGACGGCAUUCAAAUAAUUUCUGACAAGGUCAAUUUACCAGAAAUAGAAGGAAAUAGUGUGCUAGUAGAAGUGAAAGCAUGUGGUCUUCUUAGUUGUCAUUAUGACAAUUCUGCGCUUUUUCAACUUCUGACAAAAGCGAAGAAGAACCAACGAAUUGGUGUAGGAUGUGACAUUGCCGGCAUAGUAUUAGCUGUGGGACCUGAAGUGACAACACUUUGUGUUGGUGCUGCUGUAGUAGGUGUUGUGCCGCUGGAUUAUGAACAGUCUGGCUGUUCAGAUUUUGUUGUUUUGGAAGAAUUUGAUGUUGCCCCAAAACCAGAUGGAGUAAGUUUUGUGGAAGCAGCUGCAUGCAUAGGUGAUGCUGUGAAAGCAUACACUGCUCUACACUAUUUAGGAAGAUUAACUUCAGGAGAUACAGUCCUAAUACUGAAUGGCGCAUCUCCUUUCGGAAGCGUGUGCAUCCAGUUGGCUCAUCACUGGGGUGCAAAAAUCCUUACCACCUCUUGUACAGAAGAAGAAAAAUCACUCUUGCUACAGCUUAACAUAGAAGCACUCCAUAUAAUUGAACUUAACCAGAAGAAUUCCAGUUUGAAGUCACUGGUAAUGCUGGAAACAGGAAACUUGGGCGUGGAUAUCAUAGUCGACCAAGGCCUAAUGCAGUUUUGCCAGGGACUUCCGAUAAGUCAAAACAUCAUAUCAGAUAGUGACAAUAGGUUAAGCUCUGUUAAGUACUUUCCAACAAAGCACGAUGUGAUAUCUUGCCUGGCUGUUGGUGGGCGUUGGGUUACUUCGAGGGCAGAUAUGCAGCUGGAUCCUCCUAAUUCCCGGCUUCUCUAUUUACGAUGUGCUACUUUAGGCUUCUUAUUCGAGCAGGCCUGGAUGAUGUCUAAUGCUCAGCAGGGACGCUAUCAGCACAUCUUAAUGGAUAUUAUGGAAAAAGUAGCAUCCGGAAUUGUAAGGCCAAACGUCCAUAAAGUAAUCUCUUUUGAAACUGUCUUGGAAUUUGUGAAGUCUGGGGAAGGAACCAAAGGUUACAAGAUUGUAAUGGCUCGUGAGUGAAUACAAAAAACAAUUAUUCAUAUUGAGUAAAUGCAGAAUGAAUGGAGAAUGUGCAUUCCAAACAUAUCAUUUCCUUGUUUUUUUAAAAGAGAUGUUUUUUCUAAAUCAUAUAAUUUAAAAAUAUUACAAUAAAUGCAUUAGUUGGUAUUUUGUUGAAUUUUCUACUUAAAAGUUGAAAUUUAAUUUUGAAAUUUUAGUAUACAAAUAUUGAUUUUUGCAUUAUUUUUGUAUUUUCACAAUUUUAUAAGUACAUAUUUAGCUGUCAGUUGAACAUUCAUGUGUAUAACAUGUAUUUACAUGUAUUGUGUAUGUAAAUGUAUAUGUGUACAUACAUGUAUUAUUUGAUAUAUUGUUAAGAUAACAAAGUCUUGAAUCUCAAAAUGUAACUUUUUGUUUUGUAUCGAGUAAUUUUUUGUUUUGAUUUGAGCUUUGUAUUUUUAUGCCUUAAAUGAACAUGUAGCAAGGGUGUAAGUAAAGUGUCACUCAUAGCCAGCACUACUAAACUCAGAACCAUCGAUGAUCAUUGGAAACUGUUUAAGUCAAAAUCAUUUUGAAUUGAGAUAUGUUACCUGAGAAGAAGUUCCCGAAUUGCUGCUCAGGAACUCUACCACUGUACCCAAGUUGGCUAGUUCAAUCCCGAUCGACGCCAUGGAUUUUUAAGGGCGAAAAAAAUCCUUUGUACGCCUUCCUUCGGAGGGGAAGUGAAGCCGGCUGUCCCAUGUAGAUUUACUUGCAUGUAAAAGAAUCCUCAAGCCUAAAUGAUGUCUCUGAGCUAAAUUCAAAUCGCCUGUAUCAUAUGCUCAAGAAAUACCUCCUUUCUUCGCUAGUUGGUGAAGGGAGUUUAGUGAAAUUUGCGUGGUGAGACAGAAGAGCGAGCCUGAUGGCCCGAGCUUCGCCACGUAAAAUGCAUUAAUUCAAUUCAUUAAUUCACUUUGUAACUCAUUUGGCAAACCGAGACUCUUGCCCUCUAUGGGAUUGUAACUGGCUAUAAUAACUUGGGAAGACUCACUUGUAUUAAUAUUUAACAAUAAACUAAAAACUUUCUCAGGAAUUAAAACUCUAAUAUCGUUUUGAAUGAGAAGAAACCUUCUGAGUGGUGGUAGGUAAUCAUACAAAAAAUAACAGCUGUCAAGAACAGUCUUUGUACCCUAGGCAAAUAAAUGUAUAAAAAGUAGUCGGGCCUUGGUUUCAAAUUAGUCUUCUGUGAAAACUCAAUGCUUGGCGAAACAUCCAAAUCAUACACGAAGCCAUCCCAACUUACAAAUAAGAAGUACCCUAAAGCUACAACACUUCAUAACUAUUGCAGAUUUUCUGAACGACAGUUGUUAAUCACUCCAUAGCAAUUGUAAAUAUGUAGACUUCAUCAGUGAUCCAAAGAUGCCGGGAUGUGGUUGUAAGGAGAUUGUUCAGUAGGUAUGUCUUGCUCAUGGCUCUGAUUUCAGUGUAAUAUUGUGAGAGUAUGGCCUAGUUCAAUGAAGCAGCAUCAUGGCACCUGUGGAAAAAAGGUAAAUUCAUCCUUGCAGUACUGGUAAAAGCCAUAUUGUUUGUUAACUUACAAAUUUAAUUAUUUUAAAUUGAAAGUUGUGAUUGAAACAGAAGAAUCUUCACUUUUUCUGAUCUUUUGAAAUGGAAAUUUCUUCAGAUUAUGUUGUUAGCAAGUCUUUAUUUUUCAGUUGAUUUCAUCAACAGUGUAGAGGAGUUCAAUUUUUGCCAUCCAUAU